AUGGCACCCUCAGACGAUCUGAAGGCACACGCUGCCUCAAACCAAGAUUUCUAUGCGCUCCUCGAGGUUUCACCCGCGGCGACGGAAUCGGAGAUUCGUCGCCAAUAUCGAAGAACCGCGCUCAAGUACCAUCCGGAUAAGAUCGCAAACCCGACACCUGCAGAUAUUGAUAAGUUCCACGUGCUACAGAUUGCCUACGAUGUGUUAUCCGACCCUGCUAUUCGGCAGCUCUACGAUAACGCGCGGGAGGCGCGCGAGCGGAAGCAACGGGAGAGAGAUAUGAUGGAUGCUGCGAAGAGAAAGAUGAGGGAGGAUCUAGAAGCGAGAGAACGAGCUGGGGCUGCUGGAAUGAGUGCUCAACGAGGCGUGAAACGUUCCUGGAUGUCUGCAGCUGCCACGACUGGGCUAGAUGGCGAUGAUGCAGAGGAAAAGCUGCAGCGCGAGAUCGAGAGGAUUGCAGAAGAUGGCCGUCGAAGACGAAGAGAAGCAGAAGAACUGUUAAAAAGGGAAGUGGAGGAAGAAGAAAAGAAACUGCAAGAGGAACAGAAGAAGGCGCAGGAGGCCUCGGACAGAAGCAGUCAGCGUAUUGAUCGCUCCCAAGAGGGCGGCACAAAUGUUCCCGAGCUCGAACGAGCGGUUAAGGUACGCUGGGUCCGUGAAGGUCGGGGUCUCGCCCUGGACAAAGACCAGCUUGCUCUCUUAUUCUCGCAAUUCGGCAAAGUUGAAAAUACCUUUAUGCUUAAGGACAAGAGACAACGAGUUGGAGACAAACGCGAGAAGAAGACGGUGGCCACGUGCGUCGUUGUCUAUACCUCGAUAGUUGCCGCUCACGCAGCUGUUGUGGAUAGUGAGAGGAAGAAGAAACAGAGCCCUGAACUCGCAGAUGACACCUAUGCGCUGAUCGAAUCAGUUGUCUGGGCAUCAGGAAGUACGCCCGAUUUUGGGACGGCACUCAACGGACAUUUAGAUGACUCCUCUCAAUCGCGAGAAGAGGCUGCAGCGCCUUCAGUCCAAGAAACGCCCUCCAUUCCUACACCUAGCAAACCCAGCUUUAACUUCACCGCAGCCAAAAAGGCCACCGCAGACACAUCUGACAGGAAACCUGGCAAAACGCCGUCUUUCACCUCAUUUUCUUCCGCUGCCGCGGCAAGUAUGUCUAGAGCUGCUGGCGGCCAGACACCAGCAGGAACUGGCCCCAGUUUCCAAGAGCUAACGCUGAUGAGAUUGAAGAACGCUCAGCGGGAGAAAGAGAGGAAAGCCUUGGAAGAGCAACUCUGCAAAGAAGACGAAGCUGCAGAUGCAGCU